AUGCGGUCCAACGUCACAUCAGAGGCCAGCAUAGGAACGCACAUCCACCAGUGGUGGUUGGGCGUGCCUCUGGUUACAGCUUCCGUGUUCGCCAUCUGUGUGGCUGUGUUAGUGGUCGGCCUAUUAAUCGGUUAUGACAGCUUCAUGGAGGUCUGCUUCUCGCCCUCCCUCGCCCUGCUGCACUGGCAAACUCCCAUCGCGCCUCUCCCUCUCUUUCACAGGUACCCCUGGGUCCUCCUUGCGCUAUUCCAACUGCUUCUCCCCUCUGCGUCUCUGCUGGGUCACCUAAGCGGCGUUCUCUCGGGCCUCGCAUAUGUGCGUGGUGCCCUCGCUAUAGUCACACCCUCCUCACCCACAUUCAGUUCUCUAGAGUCAUCACGGUUCCUGGCUCCCAUGGUGCGUCAGCCAGGGUUCAUUGCAGGAGGGCACCCCAUCACCACUGCUAUCCUCACCAGCCUUGGGGAUCUUUCCUCUCUGCGGCCAGCAAGCAUCAGCCAAUCGCUUCACGCCACGUGGCGGUCCAUGCAGACCUCCCUGGCUCGUGUGCAGGACAGGUGGCGGUCAGUGGCUGCAGCAGUGCAACAGCAGCAGGAGCAGCAAAGGCUAAUCCAGCAGCAACAACAGCAGCAGCAGCAGCAGCAGCAACAGGGGAGAUAUGACCAGGGAUCAAGCAUGCACAGGCAGGGGCCUCUGUCAAACGUGCACUCGCUUUCAGCAGUGGCUGCUGCUAAUUAUAAUUCACACCCUUCAAUACAGUCACAGUCACAGUCACUUGGGUGGGGGCAGGUUCCUCAACCAGCAGGAACUGCAGCCGAUCCUAGGUUCCCUGGCCGGGGGCGGACCCUAGCAGGCUCAUCAGCAGCAGAGGCACCAUCUUUAGCCACUGCAGGAGCAGCAGGAGCGACGAGAUCAGGCGAGGGAACAGUAGCAGUGUCGGUGAUAGCGUCUCAAGAUGCUCCCAAUUACCCGCUGCCCAACGCUGCUGCUGCUUCCGCCAGUGCUGCUGCCGCCGCUGCUGCUCUGGGAAGGGCAACAGUCCUUUCCAGUGGCUGGGGAUAUGGCCCAAGUCAGACCAGCCAUUCCCAGCAGAAUGAGCAGCUGUUGGGUAGCACCCACCACACCUCACAUACUGCAGCCGAUAAUGCCAGAAGGAGCAUUGGUGGUGAUAGAGCGGCAGCUGUGCGGCAGUUGUGCGAUAUGGGCUUUAACCGGUCAAUUGCUCAAGAAGCGUUGAAUGCAACAAACGGUGAUCUUUCACUUGCAGUUGAGCUGCUAACAGAACAAGUGUAG